AUUCUCCACGUUUCGCCCUUUCAGGGCUGAAGCUCUGCCCCUGUGUAUCAAACGGGGGAUGCUUGUCAAAAGGCCGUUGAGCCAGUCUGUGCUUACAGGGCUAGCCCCUCCUGCCCCAUGACUAGCUACGUCGAGUGGGCAUGACUUGGGAUAUCCGUGGUGGAAAUGUGUCUCAAAGUGGCCUAUUUCAGCGGCUGUCUUGCGCAAACCUGGCACGCUUGCGGCGGUUGACGUUGACCGUGUCGCUUGCGAGUCGUUGCAAUGACAUGGCCGAAUUGCUAGAGCAGCAUGCCGAAGCCCACUCUCGUUUCGCGCGAAUUGCAAGGAAUCGUGGUGUGGGGAUGCGGGAGGCGUUGCGUGCGUGAAGGGUCCUUUAUGAUCCUCCAAGUGGUCGCCUGU